AUGGCGCUCAGCGGCUUUCGGUUCUUGGCCAACUUCCAAAGAUUUCAGCGGUUCAGCACGAAGGGUGGCAGCGGGCGGAGAGGCGACGAGGAUGGUACAUCGAAGGCCGGCCAAAGAGAUGCAAGUGUGACGGCUGAUAUCGGUGCCACCAAUGCCAAAUACGUGGAGCAUUUGUUCUCAAAAUGGCUGGAGGACGAAUCCUCCAUUCAUGUGUCGUGGCAGAAAUACUUUCGUGAAAUGGUCAAGGGCAACUCUGAGGACCAGGUCCAGGGCAACACUGAAGACCCGGCCCAGGUGAACUCUGAGGACCCGGUCCCACUGGAACCUGACACUACUCCAAGCCCGGGGGCAAUCAAGGAUCUGGAAAAGGAAAAAACUGGUCGAGAAAGCUCACUCAUGACUGAAAAGGAUUCAGUCGGCUCAUCUAUACCCAUGGACUAUGUAGAUCUUUUCCUUAAGCUGGAAAAGACCAAGGCCCCGCUCUCCAUUGAAGUGCCAAGGCCUCAGGCGAAGUUGGAUGGCGAUGGGCCCACGACCACGGCCACGCCCACGUCAUUGAUUGAUACAAUUGACCCUCAGGGUGAUAUUUUAAUAGGCACAACUGUUCUGAGUCCUUUCUUGGAGUCCAGCUCCAAUAAGGACAAUGAUUGCACAACACCAAAGUCCCCAACGCGAGAACUUCUGGGCAAAAUAUCGAAAAAUGUCAAGGCAAAGGCCGACAGGGCCAAGAAAAUAAUGCAAAGGUCGCAGAGGCUGCCCAAGACGCUGCCCAAUAAGAAUCCGAAAAUGUUAAAGACACAGAAACUGGAAGAUGCACCGAAAAACACGAAGAGAAGGCUCAACAUAUUUAAGAUGCAAGUUUCCGACGACAAAAAGGAGGCCGGAACGGAGAAGACUCUCUCAAAGUCUUCCGAAAAUAAACCGAUUUAUCUGUACAAAGUGGGCUCCAGUGGCUCAGUGGACUAUUUCAGGCCCAUAACAGACCGCAGGUCAUUGCAACAAACAACCCAAGACUGUGCCAAGGAGAAAAGUCCCCUGCCGGGCGGAAAACAAAAGGCAAAAAAAUACGGCACUCGAUUGAACAGAAAGGCUCCCCCCAAUCCCACGAACUUAGGGGCUUCAAUGAGAAUACAGAAAAUCGUGUAUAAUGCGGCAGAUAAGCCGGGAUCGAAAUCCUCGGAGAAGAAGUCACGUGGCCAGAAACGCGCAGACAAGCCUGGCCCCGGCGUUAAGUACCGACAAUUGGCAAAAAGAUCAAACUUUGGCCACAAAAAUAGGUCCGAAAAGAGACGAGACCCUGAAGACAAGUCGCCGGAGGACAGUCCGAGGCGAGAAAAGACCAAUGAACCGAUCCUGCGUCCUUUGUCGACCAGGCCGAGCCCUGACCGUAGUACUUUUAAUCCGAAUAAGUUCUGAGAAAGCGAGGGA